AUUCGAUUUUAUUAUUGUUUUUGGCCAUUAAUUGUUGGUUAACGGUACUCUGAACACAGAUUUCAUCGAAAGCUAACGCAGUGUUUUUCAGCAACCAUGGCUCCCGACAAGAAACAAAAAGGCCGCAACAAGAAGAUUACCUUGGUUCAGACUGGCAAAAAAGAUGAAAAGCCAGCGAAUGGUGCUGCCAACGGGUCAGCCGAAAUUACCGAGGAAGAGGCACUUUGUGCCAAACUUGAUGAGGAGGCAAAAAUCAAUGCAGAAGCGAGGUCGUGCACUGGCUCAUUGGCCGUGCAUCCACGGUCACGCGAUAUCAAGAUUGCCAACUUUUCAAUUACAUUCUUCGGUUCUGAGAUGCUGCAAGACACUAUGCUCGAAUUGAACUGUGGCCGUCGUUACGGUCUGCUCGGUGCCAAUGGAUGCGGCAAAUCUUCUCUUCUAGCAGUGCUUGGUAAUCGAGAGGUGCCGAUUCCGGACCACAUCGAUAUCUUCCACUUGACUCGUGAAAUUCCGGCCAGCUCCAAGAGUGCUUUACAGUGCGUUAUGGAAGUCGACGAGGAACGCAUUAAGCUGGAGAAAAUGGCUGACGAGUUGAUUGAGCAAGACGAUGACGAGUCCCAGGAACGGCUGAUGGACAUCUACGAUCGACUGGAUGAGAUGUCUGCUGAUCAGGCAGAAGCAAAAGCUUCCCGUAUUCUGCACGGUCUUGGCUUUGACAAGCAGAUGCAGGAGAAAGCAGCUAAAGAGUUCUCCGGAGGUUGGCGUAUGCGAAUUGCCCUGGCCAGGGCCCUGUUUGUCAAGCCUCAUCUGCUACUACUGGACGAACCUACCAACCAUCUCGAUCUGGACGCUUGCGUAUGGUUAGAAGAAGAACUUAAAACCUACAAACGAAUUCUGGUAAUCAUUUCCCAUUCGCAAGAUUUCCUCAACGGAGUGUGCACCAACAUCGUUCAUUUGAUUCAGAAACAGCUCAAAUAUUACACGGGUAACUACGAGCAGUUCGUCAAAACUCGUAUGGAAUUGCUGGAAAACCAAAUGAAACAAUACAACUGGGAACAGGAUCAGAUCGCUCAUAUGAAGAACUACAUUGCUCGGUUCGGUCACGGUUCGGCCAAGUUGGCCCGUCAGGCACAGUCCAAGGAAAAGACUCUUGCCAAAAUGGUGGCACAAGGUUUGACCGAGAAGGCCGUUGAUGAUAAGCAAUUGAACUUCUGUUUCCCAUCUUGCGGAACCAUUCCACCGCCGGUCAUUAUGGUGCAGAACGUCAGCUUCCGAUAUAACGAUAAUUCGCCUUACAUCUACAAAAAUCUAGAAUUCGGUAUCGACUUGGACACUAGAUUAGCCCUGGUAGGUCCCAACGGAGCCGGCAAGAGUACGCUGUUGAAACUUUUAUUCGGAGACUUAGUGCCUACCGCGGGAAUGAUUCGUAAGAAUUCCCAUCUGCGCAUAGCCAGAUAUCACCAGCACUUGCACGAAUUGCUUGACAUGGACAUGAGUCCCUUGGACUACAUGUUGAAAUCCUUCCCGGAGGUCGUGGAACGGGAAGAGAUGCGUAAGAUCAUCGGUCGCUACGGGCUGACCGGAAGACAACAGGUCUGCCCAAUUCGGCAGCUUUCUGAUGGACAGCGUUGCCGGGUAGUGUUUGCAUAUCUGGCCUGGAAGAAACCACAUUUGCUGUUGCUUGAUGAACCUACCAAUCACUUGGACAUGGAAACGAUCGAUGCUCUAGCCGAGGCCAUCAACGACUUCGAGGGUGGUCUGGUACUCGUUAGUCACGAUUUCCGACUGAUUAAUCAGGUUGCUAACGAAAUUUGGAUUUGUGAACAUGGAACCGUCACUAAAUGGAAGGGCAAUAUCCUCGACUACAAGGAGCAUCUAAAGAAAAACAUCAUUAAAGAUUAAGGCACACAACGUGAUCAAAUUAUCGUAAUAACCGAAUACUAAAUAAUACAAUUAAACAGCAUACAAUAUUCUAACUUAUACGCUAUAGACAAAAAAAUCCGCACUAAAAGUAUUUAGCCAAAACAGAGAACAAUAGUGAUAAUCAAACUAUAAAAUUGAUCCACCCAAAUUCCAACCCAAAUAAAGCCUGCUUAAACACCUCCUCUACUUAGCUCAAAUAAAACGUGUAGGAAGAGGAUCUCCAUCGUCGUUCUCUAGAAUCUGUGAAGACUUGUUGAAACUAUCUUAUCAGUAUGAUUGAUACACUACUAUCUUAAAACACUGGACAAAAUAAAAAAAAUAACAUUAUUUAUCUGACCAAACGAAAACUGAUAUUGACCGACAAACUGUCGAAAUGCGGAUUCAUAGAUUCCGUUAGCAAGCAGUAGGAUAACCCAGUGUGGUUUAAAUGAAUGUAAUUUCGACUGCAAAUAAAUUGACGCACCGAAAUUCGCGACGAACACUAUUCUGCAAUGAAACAAGUGGCAUUGUUUUUGUUUCCUCUUUCAGUUAUUCCACUUCAACAAAGAAGCAAAAUGCAAGUUCAAUAAAAAAUAAGCCUCAA